AUGCAGGAGGCGGCGGGGGCGGAUCUCGAGGAGGAGGGAGGAGGGAGGGGAGGAGGGGAAGGAGGAGCCGACGAGGCGAUGGCAUGCAAGGAGGAAGGAGGGAAGGGUAAGCCCAUCCUCUCCCUGCCUGAUGACGCAAAGAAGCUCCUCUCCUGCAUGCUGUCUAUGACAGUCAAGUGCUGCGCAAGGUGCAUGCUGGGGAUGGUGAAAGUGCGGGACCCCCUAAUCUAUGCUCUGAGCCAAGAGGAGAUAGCAUCCUCCAUUGCCGACUCACUUGACGAGGAGGGGAGAGACCGCUGCAUGGCGGAGACUUCAGCCCUGGCGUGCAGGAAGGGCGACUGCUGUGUGUGCAUGGGGCUGCUUCAGAGCGAUCAGGGUGAGAUUUCAUCACAGGUCAAAGAAGCGUUGACGACAGCUGGAUAUGAUGUAGACAGUCCUUGUACCUUCAUGCUGUCCCUGUCCGCCCCCUCCUCGAUCUUCAUCAGGCAGUACCUGUAUUACUACAAGGCUCUGGAGGGGUCGGGGGGUGCGCUGGGAGUCAGUUGCGAGCAGAAGUGGAUCGAGCUCAAGGAAGUCUACAGGCUGACGUAUGGCAGGAGGAUCCAGCAGGUGCUGAGCUGGACGAUCGACCAGUCCAGCACCGACAGCUGCGCCGGUCGGGUGAAGGUCACGAUGGAGUACAGGCAUGAGGAGUCGGCAGGCAUGAAGGAAGUCCUGCUGGAGGGGAAGAGCGUGAAGCGGACGAUGCGGGAGAGGAGGGAGAGGGGCCAGAGGAAGGGGAACCUGGUCGAGAUAGAGAACAUCAUAGCGGUGCACAACGUGCUGCACGGCAUGACCCCAGCCGCGCUGCUCUCCAAGUUCUCCUGGCCGCCCGCUGCCAUCUCCAAGGAGCCGGAGCUAACGGUGAAGGUGGAGAGAGAGUCGGUCUACAUCGGAGGAUGCUAUUGCAAGUACAGCAGGAAGGUGAGCCAGUCCCCUUGGAACGAGGCCCACGGCGAGCUCCAAGAUUCCGUGCAGACUCUGAUCCUCAAGGAGAUCGCUCCUCUCUACCAGCCGGAGGAGACCAAGUUCAUGGGCUCCGGCAGGGAGGACGUGGACGGUCGUCCCGUCGACUUCAAUUUCGAGAAGAUCCAGGAGCUCGUCAGCAACCUCAGGCCGGUAGGCAGGGACUAUGUCGACAGCAUCAAGAGCUCGGGGGAGACCAAGAGAAAGACCUACAGGGCGCUGGUGUGGACAUCUGCUCCCCUGCCUCCUAGCAAGCUCGACGUGCUCAAUCAGAUGCAGGAGCUUGCCGUCUUCCAGAACACGCCCAUUCGCGUGCUCCAUCGGCGAUCGCUAGCGGAGAGGAAGAGGACGGUGUACCGGAUGUCAGCGGAGAGGGUGAAUGACCGGUUCUUCCUCCUCGACCUGGAGACAGAGGCAGGGACUUACAUCAAGGAGUUCGUACACGGGGACCUCGGGAGGACGCGGCCGAGUGUGGGAGGGCUGCUGUGCUGUGAAGCUGAUAUCUUGCAGCUGGACGUGGUUGGAGUAGAGCUGUGA